AUGGACCGAGAUCGCGACGGUCGCAUUUCCGCAACAGAGCUCGCAUCAGUCCUGGAGAGCCUGGGAGAGGAGCGAGUGGAGGAAACGGUUCAAGCUAUGAUGAGCCAAGCCGACACUGACGGCGACGGCUACGUCGAUUUUGACGAAUUCAUCCGCGUUAGUAGCCACUCUUCAUGGACGUCGUCUCUUUUUGAGGCGUCUCCCAAAUCGACAUUAUCCGCGUCCCUCGCGUCCGAUUGCGAAUCAGCGGCCGAAGCGUUCUGCUGCAGAGGGUCCGACGGUCCGUCGAUCGACGACCUUGCAGCGGCUUUCGAGUUGUUCGACCGGAAUAAGGACGGCUUUAUCACAGCGGAGGAGUUAAGCGAAGUGAUGGGGGGGAUCUGGGAGGACGAGGACAUGUCGCUGGAAGAAUGCGAGAGAAUGAUCCGGAGCGUCGAUCUUGAUGGUGAUGGACGGCUGUGCUUCAGCGAGUUUGUGGAUAUGAUGCUGGCGUCAGGGUCGUGGCCGCAAGCCGAGCUGUCGCCAUGCCAAACGGAGCAACGGAACGGGUUCGGGCAAACAGGUCCGGGGACGUCCGGAAGCAGUUCUGGUCCCGGCGAGCCCGGCGCGCCGCUGCCACGUUGGCAGAAACGUCAGAUAGUAGGCGGCCCGGACGACGACAUAGACGCCAUGCUGGCCGAUCCCGAGCGAUUCGAGCGGUGGCAAACGUCCCGGGAAUUACGGGGGAUACAAUUGGCAGGGGAGGAUCCUGAUGAUCGGCAGUGGGAAGAUUGGAUAGAUGAUCCGUCGGAGUAUGAUUAUGAGAAUGGUGGGUGGUAUGAGCCUCAGCCGGACUGGGAGAAGGGCGGGAUGCCGCGAGAGGCGCCGGAUAUCCCGGAGAGAGGCAUGAGCCGGUCGUUUAAGGAGCUGCUGCUGCGGAUCUUUAAGCCGCAGGACGAGGUGGAGGAGAGCUUGACGUUCGAGGAAAGGGUGUUCCGAUACACGUCUCAGACCACGGCCAAGUUUGUCAUUUUCCUCAUUGCGGUGCCAUGGGCGUGCAGCUGGGUACUGCAUGACUACAUCCUCACGCCCUUCAUGCACCACUAUGCACACACCACCCCUUUGGUAGCGCGCAUGCUGGACUUAAGGGAGGAGCAGAAGCUCAACAUGAUUGAGCGCCUCAAGCUCGAGAGGCAGCGCAUUCGCUUCGAGGCGGACAUUGGGAAGGCGCCUCCACUGUCUGAAGACGGAUUGGCGGCCUACCUGCAGGAGGAAGCGCGUGAGAUGCGGGAGGAGAUUCGGCACGAGAACGAGGCCGCUUUCGCAUACAUCUUCUCAGACACAGUGGGGUGGCUCAUAUUCGCAUUCAUCCUGUACGCAAAUCCAAGCCAAGUGGGCAUCAUGAAGCUCACGGGCGAUCGCAUCUUCACGAAUAUUUCAGAUACGGGCAAGGCGUUUGUCAUCAUCCUCUGCUCUGACAUCUUCCUGGGGUACCACUCAGAGUCGGGCUGGGAGACGGUGGUGGAGAUGUUUCUGGAUCACUACGGGCUCGUGGCGGAUCAGAAUUCAAUCUACAUCUUUGUGGCCAUCGUGCCCGUCACCAUCGACUCUUUUUUCAAGCUCUGGGUGUUCAAGUACCUCGUGCGUCUCUCCCCCUCUGCUGCUGCCACUUUCCGCGAAAUGAAGCGACACUAG